AAGCACCUAGGCAUACAAAUUGCUUCUACAAACAUUUGUGAAAGAAUGGGUCACUCAGGAGCUCAGUGAAUUCAAGCAUGGUACCAUGAUAGGUUGCCACCUGUGCAAUAAGUCCAUCCGUGAAAUUUCCUUGCUACUAAAUAUUCCACAGUCAACUGUUAGUGGUAUUAUAACAAAGUGGAAGCAACUGGGAACAACAGCAAGCAGCCACGAGGUAGUAGGCCACAUAAAAAUGACAGAGGGGGGUCAGCGCAUGCUGAAGUGCACAGUUUUCAGAAGUCACCAACUGUCUGCAGAGUCAAUAGGUAAAAACCUCCAAACUUCAUGUGGCCUUCAAAUUAGCAUAACAGUGCAUAGAGAGUUUCAUGGAAUGGGUUUCUAUGGCCCAGCAGCUUCAUCCAAGCCUUACAUCACCAAGUGCAAUGGUGUAAAGCAUGCUGCCACUGGACUCUAGAGCAGUGGAGACGAGAACGGUACUUGACUACAUUGUGCCAAGCGUAAAGUUU